UAACAGGGGCCAGCAUCGCCAAUCGUAUCUGUCGGUACUGUCCAACGGUGCCGCUCAUAUUCGGAGCCACAUAUAUAAGACGCAGCUCCGCAGACAAACCCCAAGCCCUCAUCUCCUGCUCCAAUUGAUAUGGACGCUCAGUUGCAGGGUCUUCGUAAUCGGAUGAAGGCGCGUGCAGUCCUCAGUAACAGCAUGCAAACCGGUAGCCUCUUUGUUUCGCACACUGACAUGGGUGUCGCGAACUAUCCACCCAUCGCGGUGCCGACAUCGCAGGGUGAGACAGUGGAAUUCGAUCCUGCGGCGCCGACGCCACAGGCGGUCGAGGACCCCAUCCCGGAUGCGCCUACCGGGACAGUCCUCGAGAUCAAGCACCUGCACGAAGUGUUCGACCAGAUGAAGCAUGAGUACAUCGUGAAGCCGGCCCCAGCAGAGUCGGCGAACGAGAGCAAGCGCGAUGGGUCGAAGUACGCGGCGUAUGCGUUCACUGUGAUCCGACGGUUCAUUCCCACGGGCCAGCUCGGGGCCAAAACUUAUAACGUCACUACGUUCCUCGAGAUACACAGCGCGCACCUGGUCGAGAUCGGGAAGGAGAUUGUUGGUCAGACCCAAGGCAUCUCGUGGACAGCGAAGCCGCUACGCGUCAACCCUCAGAUCCUCCUGGCAUGGCUCCCGGAGCUCAAGGCGCACCUCGAAGCAUUGACAGCGAGCGUGCAAAACGAAUCGGAAGACUCGCCCAUGCGUCUCAAGCAUGCACAUCUGGUCCACCUCAUCGACUACCUCACCACGACGCACGCGUCCAAGCUUAGCUCGCUCGCGUCUCUGCUCGCACACGACGAGAUCACCUUCGACAUGCUCUGGGCGCUCUACGUCCCGCGCAAGACGAUUCUCUACACGCACUGUCCCGUCACGGACGAGCCACGCGCGGUGCGCCUCACGCACGCGGAGCUCUGCCAGAAGAUGGACCCGCAGGGCGCGGUGCCCGCUGCACACGACCCUACGGGGCUCAUCGUCGGCCGGCAGGACAGCACCCAGAACAUGCAGUACAUCUGGCGGCUCGUCGUGGACUACGUCGAAGCGGACAUCGCCGACGCAAGCGAUGUGCACAGGCGGGACGCGCCGCCCGAGUUUGGGUACGCUGGCCUGGGGGUCGUGUUGGACAUCCCGACGUUCACGGGCGCGAAGAAGAUUUCGGAGCUGCCUGUCUUUCCGAUCCAGUACUAUGCUGGCCCCGGGGGCGUCGAGGGCUUGAAGGCGCGGUUGAUCGACCGCGGCAAGAAGUGGGCGGGUAUUGCCGGAGGGGUGCAUCACCUGUCCUAUCAGGGCAUUGCCUCUCGCUGGCAUACCAAGUCGUAUGUCAAGCACAGCGUCAAGUCUCGAAUCAUGAUCGAUCGAAAGACCUUCGCGGAUACGGCGCCGAACUACCCAAGAUUCCCAUACGUGACCAAGACGCUGGAUGGGAAGGAGAUCGACAAGCACGCGCGGCGUGCUGGCGUCUCUGCGGAUGGCCAGACAGGUUCCGAGGUCCGCGAGCUGACUGACGACGAGCUCCUGCUCACGACGCCUAUCGUGUACGGGUUCAGUCUCACAGACAAACAAUGGAUGGAGUUCGCCGUAGAGCAAGUCACGGAGUUCCAAUGGAACGACGAAGCGUUUGAACAGCUGGUAAUUCCUGCACAACACAAGAUGGUACUCAAGACGCUAGUGGACACGUACAAUACUGGCGCGACGACGAAGUUCGAUGACUUCAUCUCCGGGAAAGGCCUGGGCCUCGUGAUCAACCUCUUCGGCAACCCUGGUACUGGCAAGAGUCUUACUGCGGAGGCCAUGAGCGAACACGUUCGCAAACCUCUGUAUGUCGUCGGAGCAGCAGAUCUGGGAACGAAUGCGGAAUCCGUGGACACCAACCUGACCACCGUCUUCAAAAUAUCCGCUGCAUGGGGCGCUGUAGUCCUCAUCGAUGAAGCUGACGUGUUCCUUGAGGAGCGCUCUCUACAAUUCCUCGAGCGUAAUGCAAUGGUCGCGGUCUUCCUCAGACAGCUAGAGUACUUCCGCGGGAUCCUCUUCUUGACGACGAAUCGUGUACGCGUGUUCGAUGAGGCAUUCCAGUCUCGUAUCCACGUGUCCCUCCGCUACCAGGACCUCACGCCGUCCGCCCGUCGCCAGAUAUGGGUCGCCUUCAUGGCCAAGAUCAACGGAAAGCUGCCCAAUGGGGGCCUCUCCUCGGAGGAGCUGCGCGAGCUCGCCGAGAAGAAGAUCAACGGGCGCCAGAUUAAGAACGUCGUGAAGACUGCCGGCGCGCUCGCCGUGGGUCGACAGGAGAAGUUUGGAUACGCCCACUUGCGGCAGGUUCUCGAUCUCAUGGAGCAAUUUGAUACCAGCCAUGCGAUGUAUCAAUAGAACGGAAGGAUUGUACUCAUAGACGCCCGUAUAAUUGUAUCGCCAUUUUCAUCCUU